CCGGCUUGACCCACACCAGUAGGUGCACUGGUCGACAGUAGCCACUGCGCUCGCGCCCACACACACAGAAGUCGCGCGGCCAUUGGCACACUUGUCCGGGCGCCGAUGCUGCGAAGCGACGGUGCCCACCUCUCCUCUCCUCCUCCCCCGCUACAACUACAAGUGGUAAAAAAUCCGACGGGACCAAGCAAAACCAUCCUACUUAUUCCCAUCCCUGUCUCGGCCAAAAGAGGCAAAAGGAGCGGCCACCCCAAACGCACGCAACACCCGACCGUGACACGCGCGCGCUCAAGCGCUCUAGCGCUAGGCCAUGGCCAUGGCGGCAAUGGAAGACGAUGAGGACAUGUGGGCCGUCACCACCAGCCCCAGCGCCUCGCCCCCGGCCACGGCCGCCGCCGCCGCCAUCUCCACCGCGCUCAGCCUCAACCCCCGCCUCCACCUCCUCGCCUCCUCCUCCUCCCCCUUCCACCCCGGCUUCGGCGGCUGCUCCCGCAAUGCGGCGGCCGCGUCGCCGCCCUGCUUCUUCUCCGCCGCCGCCGCCUCCUCCUUCCCCCACUUCGCCGCCGCGCCCCUCGACGGCGCCGCGCGCGGCAUGUGCGGCCUCGCGCCGGUCCCCGCCUGGUCCGGAGCCGCCCCCACCGGCACCGGCGCCGGCCCCGUCGAGCGGCGCAAGAAGCGCAUGAUCAAGAACCGCGAGUCCGCCUCGCGCUCCCGCGCGCGCAAGCAGGCGCACGUCACGCAGCUCGAGUCGGAGGUGCGGGAGCUGCAGCUGGAGAACGACGAACUCCGCAUCAACUGAAGGCGUCGGUGGAGGCGCCGGUGCCGGUCAAGAGGACGCUCAAGAGGGUGCUCUCGGCGCCAUUCUGAAUCCCCAAGAGCCAGGACGAGAUGGACCGAAGCAGAGCAGCAACCGCGGCAACAACAACAACGGCCACCACUACCACUACUUCAUUGCAGUAGUACUUAGGAGCAACCAGUUCAUCAUUAUCGUCCAUGUGGAUAUUGUGGGUUCUUUUUUUUGCUUGAUUUAGGGGCUAUCUUUUGGUCGUUGAAAAAGAGAGGUGGCAUGGCAAGGGCCAAUGGCAGGCAGCUUAUAAUUUGUAUAGCGGCAGCUGCUAGUCGUAGUAGUAGUAUAUAGCUAAGCUUAGUUGGUGUCUUCCAUGUUUUGGUGUUACUGGUAUGACUACUACUGCCACCACCGGCUUGAUCUUUGUUGUCGCGUGGGAUUAGGCGGAAAGAUGAUCGGGCCUAUAUAUAUCUUGCUUGUACAAAUCUGGUAACUAUUGCUUCCUGCAACAAUGACAUUUUGGGGGCAGGGGAAA